CUGGACCUUGGUUUGGUGGAAGCUGGCAAGGUCUGCCCAUCGCCCACACCUCCCGACGACUAGGAGUAUGUCGUUCAAGAUGCAGCCUUCAAGCCACGAUAAUUCCGGCUUCCUCUUCGUCGUCGCCCUGCUCGGGUUCAUCCUUUUCGCAGCCCUGGCGUGGUGCAUGGUCUCUUCGUGCCUUGGACGGUCGUGCUUCGAUGCCGUCCGCGAGCUGUGGAGGAUGAUGGUCCUGAGCGCGCAGUCGGAUCGCCGUCCUGGUCGUGCGGGUUACAGGAGACAUCUGGACGACCAAUCGGACCUCUUUGAGAUGGAGUAUCGGGGGGUAGGGAGGGCAGGAUGAUGCUGGGACUUGUGAAGGUCACGGUGCAGGCGUGGAGGCUGUACGUUCGGUCUACCUUCAACGUG